UUAAGUGCGGGGAAUUUGAAUUUUUCUUUCAACUUGCAAUGUAAUUGUACUUCUAAAAUAUACAUCACUAAAAAGUAGAGUUGCAUUACAAGUUGCACGUAGAUAUACCAGCAUGGAAGUAACCGAUGCGGUAUUUAAUGAAAUAUUGGACAAGGUUUUGUUCCGGGAGAAGCAAGUUUCCACACUUUUGAAUUUAUUCAACAAAAGAAAAGCUUGUUCUUGUGCGAGUAUAUUUAUAUAUGGUCACACGGCGACAGGAAAGAAUUAUCUUCUGGAAACUAUAUUUGAAAAACUUCAGCUCCCAAAUAUUUUUGUCAACUGUGUUGAAUGUUUUAAUGGAAGAUUGAUGUUUGAAGACAUAUUAAACAGUGUCCUAAAACUGCAACAAAAUGGCGAGAAAGAUGCUGAAUUUAUACGAUGUGACAACAUGAAUGACUUUAUCAAGAUUAUGAAAAAACUGUUGACAGUUGAGAAUUUUGGAGAUGAAACUUUAUUCAUAACCAUUGACAAGUGUGAGCGACUUAGAGAAAUGGAGCUGAAUCUUCUGCCAGCAUUUUCGAGGCUCAAUGAACUGACAGGCUGCAAUAUCUGUGUUUUAUUUAUAAGUGAUAUAGUUUUUGAAAAGUUUAGACAAGGAACAGGUGUUCGAGAGCCAUUCCAGGUGACAUUUCCAGAUUAUUCAAGGAAAGAAUUGUUAGAGAUAAUGUGUUUAGAUGCUCCAGAAGAACAUCCAGCAGAAUUUUACGAUGGUUAUUGUCAGCUGUUGCUGAGCGUGUUUUAUAAUGUCUGUCGAGAUUUGAGAGAAUUGAGACAUUUGGCACAGCUAAAUUUUCCCAAGUAUUGUGAACCAAUUACUACUGGAGAAGCAGAUUAUGCCAAUGUCAAGAAACUGUGGCGAAACAUUGAGCCAUAUCUCAAAAAAGCAAUGAGUACUGUCUUUCUACAUGAAGUAUCCAGCAGCCAAUGGGAACAAAUGCAAGAGGGAACACAUGGAAUAAAAGGUCUCUCAAGUUAUUCAACAGUGGAACUUCCAUUUUAUUCAAAAUACUUGUUAAUCGCAGCUUACCUCGCCUCACACAAUCCUGCCAAAACCGACCGACAGUUCUUCUGCAAAACGACGGCAAAGAAAAUGACAAAACGCGCGAAAGUUGCCGCGAAAACUGGCGCGAAAACCAGCAGCCAGUUGAAAGGCCCACACAUGUUUGUCCUGGAUCGAUUGAUGGCGAUAUUUUACAGUAUUGUCGAUGAGAAAGUUCCCGCAUCGGCUGUUAUUUUGAGCCAGCUCUCGUCGCUUGUAACUCUGCGGUUUUUGUCGCAAGUUUCGGCGAACGACCAACUAGAUUCUCCAAAAUACAAAUGCCUUGUGUCUUUAGAGUUGAUCAAAGCAAUCGCAAGGCAAUUAGAAUUUGAUUUAGGCCAGUAUUUGUAUGAUUUUAUCAAUCAAUAGGUGAAGUAGGUUAUAUUAUAGUAUGUGUUAA